ACAUCGUUACCUCCAUUUUCGCUCAGAACAGCGCGUCGUAGACGCUUAUUUCGAAAAGUUCCCGGUUAUAUUGUCGCUUGCCGCCUUUCGAGACAUUACUGAUGGAUCGUUCACUGAUCCUGUCGCCCGCAGACUUCCAGCCAGCCAUCUGACGGGCGAAGCAACUAGUGGGGUUAUACAGGCGGACCGAACCUCUGCUCAGUGAGCAUGGCGCUCACUUUCCAAAAUGCGUGGCAGUCUGCGCUCAACGUUGAAAAAGCGCUGUUGAACAACCUCGCUGAAAAAGAGCCCACAUUUGCCGAAAUAUCUCAUAAUAUAUCGGAACUCCGCACUGCUUGUCAAAAUGCCAUUCUCCAGGACUUUGAGACCGCCCGGUCCAUUGACGUUGAAGGUCGCCUCUGGGAUGCACAUCUCAAGAUCAACACUCGCUUUCGAAAAUUACUCUCCCGCUUUCGUGACGACAACGAGAAGAAAAAGAAGCCGGUGGAGCGCAGAAAAUUUGAGAAGCACUACCUGGAGUUCAUCAAAUCGAGCCAGCGAUUCUACCGCGGCUACAUACAACAACUGGCAUCCCACUUCGGGGGCAUUUCGGAAUUGGAAAAAGUCGCGCGGAAGUUCAACUUCGACGACCUGUCUGCGGCGCCUCCCAUCCAAACCUCUGAAUCUCUACGGAAAUCCAUCCUCCGAUCAUGCCAUGCGACACUUGUUCGCCUAGGUGACCUCUCCCGUUACCGUGAAACGGAGUUGGUUUCCAAAGAACGUAAUUGGGGUCCAGCGAUUGGCUAUUAUGACCUAGCCUCCGUAAUAUAUCCAGCUUCUGGUGCGUCGCACAACCAGUUGGCUGUCAUCGCGCUUGCCGAUGCGAACCACCUGAAAGCCACCUACCACCUCUACCGGGCACUUUCGGCCCAAGAACCCCAUCCGACGGCUAGGGGUAAUCUCGAGAUCGAGUUCAGGAAGGUUCUGAGUUUAUGGGCGAAAGGGGAGCUGAUUCGACGUGAUGAUGCUGGUACCCCAGGGAGAUCUCUAGCGCCUCUGUUCGUCUAUCUUCAUGCCCAGUGUUACAGAGGGGUUGACUUCCCGGAGCAUGAUGAGCUCGAAAGUGAAGUUCUUAACCAACUGGCUGUGGACCUUAAAGAACGCUCUUUGGAGGGUAUUCUGCAAAAAUUCUGUUUGAUCAAUAUCGCAGCGGAGGAUUCCUCCCGAACCCGGUCGGAUGAGAGACCGAAGACGAAUGCGCAUCUAUUCUUUCAACGUAUUAAUGUCAAAACAUACUUCACGCUUCUACAAAUCCUCUUGGCUGAGGUUGAACGAUUUGUCGUUGAGGAUUCAAGCAGUAACAACAGUAAAAACAAAGUUGGAGCUGACAAGAUUACUGUAGUUGUUCGGCGGAUCUUGCCGGCUCUCCGCAAUUACAGCUCUUGGCUAUUGACAGUGAGCAACUACUUGGUUGCCUAUAAGGAAAAGGAUACCCCUUUGGCAGUCCAACUCACCGAAUUCUGGAAGAUUUAUGCCAACACUCUAACACUACUUGCAUCCACCUUUGACGUGGUGCAUCUUCCCGAAGUGGACUACCUCCUUGAGGAAGACGAAGAGACUUUGUGUUUCAUGCCAUUAAGCAAAGGCGCUACGUCGCGCAGGUAUCUAGAUGUGAAUGGACAGCGAAAACCUUCAAUGAAUGAUCCAGGCAUUGAGAGGAAUCAUCCUAAUAUUGAGAUGCUCUCCCGCAUUCGAGAAUUCGUCAUUGAUGGCUUGGAUCUGGUCGUGGGCAAUAAAAUACCCGUUGCCCUUGUUGAUGAUGAAGACAAGAAAACGUUCAUCUACAAGGAGGAUGGUCUUCCAUCUCAAUUCUUUGCUAGUCCCACUGGUCAUCACCACUCACUCUCCACCGCCAGCAUUGAACGAGAGGAUAUUCGACAGGUCAAACAGGAAGCAAACUACCAAAUAGAUGCCAGAAGUACAUUCGGAGGCUCCCAAUCUGCGUCCGUGUCCAUGUCAGCUGCGAUGAACGGCAUCGUUGAAGGAGUUGAGCGCUUGGUCGAAUCUGACACUUACGAAAAUGCUCCAGUAAUCCCUAAUCGGUCCUUUGAUGCAAUCUCGAACACUGUUCCAAGGGAUGAUAAACUCCCUGCUCGCCAGACUCCUGUUGCACCUCCUGGCUUGGGACCUCCUAUGACUAGCUAUUCUGCUGCUUUGCCUCAGGUUUCGUCAUCUCAAUCGUUCACUCCACAAGCUGCCAUCCCCGGCCUUCCUACCAUCUGGAGCACUGGUACCUUUUCUCCCGAAUUUCGCGAUGUUUCUUCGCACACUGCAUCAGGACUUGGAUUACUAAACGCCCAGGGGCCAAAGGUCACGGGGAACGCCAACAGCCCAGGUCUUCAAUACGUGCCUGAAAGUGCCGUCAAAAGCGAAUCAAUUUCCCGCCAGAGCCUUUUCGCAGAAAGCCAGCUAGAAGGCACUACUUUCAAUAAUGGACCUGUAUCUCCGUUCCUCGCCCCGUCAAUGUAUCACCAACGCUUUUCUGGCUCCUCAUGGGAUCGAGAUGGCAUAGGCGCGCCGGCCAGUCAACAACAGGCGUUGCCUCGUUCUACAGGCUUCGGACUCGCCAGUCAGCCCAUGUCGAGCGGAUUCACCAACAAUACGUGGGCCAAUAAUGCUUUCAUAGGCAGUACGAUCACAUCAGGAUACGGUUCUUAUCCGGGGCUAGACGACGCUCGCAAAACGCCCUCAGCUCAGUAUGGUGCCAUUGGUCAAUCCCCCCGUCUAGGACAAAGUGGCUGA